AUGGAGGUUAUGGAAGAUGGAAAUUUGAUGGACAAAGUCCACAUUUUGAUCCAGCGUGAUAUGGAAUAUUAUAAGGACAAACAGGCCGUGCUCCAAGAAACGAUUUGUCCCGGCGUGAUAGGCGGUAGGCUGGAUUUCCCUAGAUCGGCCUCAUUUGCCGCAAUGAAAUUAGUUUUAUGGUGGGAAGAAGAGUACGUUGCGGCGUAUAAGAAUCCUUCCGGUUUCCUACAGAAAGGCUCUGACGCUUCAAAGGAUAAUCAGGCGGCUGAAACGGAGGACGGCGGGAAAAUCGUGAAGGACUCCGACCCUUCCAAAUUUGCCAACCUCAUCAGCAAAUCGGCAGAUCAACUUUUAGAACAUCUACACGUUUUGACACAAGAAGCUCUAGACCACGCCGACCUAUCAGUACUAACGGGGACUAUUGGUGCUGCGGCUUUAUUAAAAAAUUGCCUCUGGUUCUUCAUUCAGUCCAUGAGUGAGACAAAGAACAGCAGUACUGAAGAACUGCAAGCCGGAUACAAAAAAUACAACGAAAUGUGCGAGGCACUUGCUGAAAGACUCUUGGACCUCCAUUGCAGGCUUCUGUCGUUGUAUAUUCUCCAAGAUGCAGAGUGUUUGGACUGGGAAGGUGAUAAACCAUUCUUCGAAUCAGAGAGGGGUUCCUACACCAUCCAAAUGUGGUGGUUGUACAUGCAAGGAACAAAAGAGGAUCUAUGGAACACUGUCCCACCAAAAAUGGCUCAAAGAGUUUUUUCCGGAAUGCUGAACGAGUCCCUUACAAUUUUAACCAUUCGUUAUACUCAAAGUUCCCCAUCAGAAGCUAGGAGUCAGCUCCUGGUGGUGGACAUAAGUAACUUGCUAUUGUGCGUAGCCCAACUUUUACCAUCUAUUUGCGACACAGCGAAGGAUUUCAUUGGAUUGUCGUACCACAGUAGUGGCAGCAAGAUAUUGAGAGACAUUCACACCAAAUGUCAAGAAUUGCUAACUUGUUUACCGCUGCGAGGAUCUUCACUCAAUGAUCUACAUAAGGUAUUCAAGAAAGGAAUUGACAACGUAGAAAUGUUCAAGCCGAAGACCGUUGGGCCUGUACCUUGGAUAAUAUUCGGAUUGCCAAAUAUUUUCAAGGACAGUUCGAAAAAUGUUUCGAAAAUGACAGAUUUGCCUUCAGACCUUUCUAUAGCACUAGAACUAAUGGUUCUCCUAGCACAGCCUCAGCCAAACUGGGCAUUACUCUUAAAGGUUCUUUGUAUGAAGAAGUGCAAAAUCCUCCAAUUAAUCUUAUACUUGACGGUAGACAACUACACUGCAGAAAUGCAAAAGAAGAUCGCACGCAACUCCGCCUGUGGAUCUUUCCUUUGUUCUGAAGAUGGCACUUGUAGAAAUGUUAACACAUCCUCAUCGACCUUAAACGAGGUACACUACUAUGACCUCAUCUCGUCUUCAACUGAAGUGCUAUUGUACAUGGGAAACGAUGACGACCUAUCAGAUAUUUUACUACCAAUUAUUACAAAAAAUCACAACUGGGCUAAAUGUUUCGAAAGAAGAAAUGUGUGGAACCAAAUACGGCCUCCAUGGUACGAAGCCAUUCUGCACCUCAUUUCACCUCUUAUACCCACCAUAACCGAAAGCAUCAUCAACGCCGUCCAAACGGGUGCAACGAUGUACCAAUCGAUGUCCCUCACCUUAGCUCUAUUAAGUUUCUACUGGGACUGUGCAAACCCUAUUUUGACGCAGAUAUCAGCAUUGCUUCAAGAAAUUAUUCCAGCUGACAUAGUUCCAAUGAACAACUCUGCCUUGUUGCAAAUCCUGGUUUCCGCACUAUACAGCGCCUUCUUACACAUUUCCGAAGGACCAAAAAAAGAAGUCAAGUUCGCAGUUACUGAAACAAAUCCUUCAGAUAAUCGCAGGAGCUUUUCUACUAGUUUUGAUGCUGCGAAUAGCACUACAGAGGCUAUAGCUUUAGCGGUGGCCGAAUCUUUAUGUAGCAUCGACGAAGACAAUAAACACACGGAUCAGAUAGAGGAGUUUUUAGAGCAAGUGAAAAAUUGUAAACCGGACUUGGAUUUUUGUGCGGGUGGAUCGAGUAGGGUGGAAACGACUCAGCAGAUGUUGGAAGUUUUAGUCAGUGAUCUAUUGAUUACUACAAGCGGAAAAAAGAGUUUGAAGACGCUAUACCAUUUCAUGAAACACAACAGUGAGUGGCUGUAUCAGAAACUUGGGGUAAGUGAGGAUAAAGAUGAUGCGACUCCAAAUAAAGUAAUAUCUCAACCUACUCGAUUGCUUCACACUAUGUUUCACAUUGGAUAUAGACCGUUCGACCAGCUUCUAACUGGUGAGCUACAGCCGAAUUGGUUCAAUCUACUUCAAACUCCCAUGGGAUUAACCUCAGAAAGGGUGUGGAUGCAGUUGUCGCCUAGAUGGGAAUUUAGAAAUAUCAAUUCCUCUAGUCUCUCAAGCCAUGACGUUCACAUUAUUAACAAUAUAACAUCCCUGCUCAAACAAUAA